AUGCCAAAUUCGACAGGAAAUAUGUCCGGCAACCCAUUUGAAGAGCCACCUCGGCGAAUCAGCGAGUAUACGGCGCAGGAAAUUGCUACACUCCAAGCACGUCUGGAUAAGAAACUGGGCCCUGAAUACAUCUCCUCGAGGCCUGGCGCAGCGGGACAGAAGGUGCACUAUCUAUCCGCAGACAAAUGCAUCAAUCUUGCCAACGAGGUAUUUGGCUUCAACGGCUGGUCGAGUUCGAUACAGAAUAUUCAGAUUGAUUUUGUUGAGGAAAGUCAAAAUACUGGGAAAAUUAGCUUGGGCUUAUCAGUCAUUGUGAGGGUAACACUGAAGGAUGGUACUUACCAUGAAGAUAUCGGUUACGGUCAUAUUGAGAAUUGCAAAGGAAAGGCUGCUGCUUUUGAAAAGGCCAAGAAAGAAGGGACUACUGAUGCACUUAAACGUGCGUUGAGGAAUUUUGGAAACGUCCUGGGUAACUGCAUAUACGACAAGGAUUAUGUUGCGAAAGUUACCAAAGUGAAAGCCACACCUGCAAGAUGGGAUGUUGACGAUCUUCACCGGCAUCCUGACUACGCACCGAUAAAGGAGCCUGUUCUAGCAAAACCUGUCCCAGAGGAUGACGACCUACCUCCUCGACUACCGGAUGCUGGGAAAUCUACAAGUACAAAUGAUACAACUGUGUUUGAUGGCGAUGGGGAGUUUGGAAGUGAUCUCUUUGACGAGGCCGAUUUUGGAGUUACGGCUUCUGGGAACCCCGAUGAGAUAGUACUGGGACCAGAAACACAAGCAAAACCACAGCCACCAACUCCUGUAAAGACAGGCCCUCAGGGGAAUUUUCACCGCCCAAACCCUGCAGUCGUAACACCUUCCAGGCCAGAAAAGCCAUUCAACCAAACAGUCAACAACAGACAGCCUUCCGUCCUGCCCUCUCUCAAUCAAAGACAUAAUCCUGCGCUGCAAAACCAAUAUGCCGGACAAAGGCAACCUGUCCCGCAAGGACAACAGCAGAACUUUCAAAACAGCAGAAUGGCGCCCCCAGAUCAACCAAGAACUAGCCAAGAUUCAAACUUGCCAAGCGCAGCAGGGCAAAUGCCUGUCAAGCGAGAAAUCGAUGCUAAAGCUCAGGACACAGCUCCCCCCGCCAGUUCACCCUCUGUUCUGCCUGCCUCAUUCUUUUCAGCUCGAGCAGUAGAUUUGUUGCGGGAAAACCCACAUACUGCCGUGAAUGCUCCCCAAUUUGAUCCUCACGCCGAAAGUCCCUCGAUCCGCAAGACAGCAGGCGUCGAUCAUAGCAAGAGUGUCCCGAUAUCGAAGCCAAUGCUUGCGGCAGCCUCACCAGCUUCAAACAAUACGCGCGACUUUAUCAAUCCUUCCACGGACAUGCAUCGGAAAAUUGGCGCCCCUGGUGGUAUUGGCAGUCCAAUGAUGAACCGUGGUCAGACGACUUCAUCAUACCGCCCACUGACUCGGCAAAAUCUCGAUCCAAAACAAGCUAUAAGCAACGCAGCUGCAGACAGAGCCGGUUUUGGACCACCCAAUGUUAAUGGGAAACGACCACCUUUAAGUGACGUGACGAAUGCAUCUGUCUCUGGCAGCAGCGGGCCUGCUUCAGCAGUCAAUGCCAAUGAUCCCAAAAGACCCAAGAUUGAUGGGAAUUCGACGCCAUCCUUACCGCCGCAGCAGCAACAGCAGCAAUAG